UUUUCCUUCUUCCCAAACACUAGAUCUUAAAAAAAAACCCUUCUAUUAUCCGAGAUACUUUUAGUUUAAUUUCUUCUUAAGAAGUUCCAAAGCAUUUUUCAUUUUAUUUUUUUUAUUUAAUUUUAAGUCUUAUGUGAUGUCGGACUCUCAAACAACGGAGCAGUUAAAGCAAUCUAUGCAGCAACAGCAGCAACAGCAGCAGCAGCAGCAGAACCAAAAUCGGCCGCCGCUAAAACGAAAACUACCUUUUUCUACGAAGCCGGCGUUUAUGGCUCCUGAAUGUGAUUAUCACCGCUUUGCUUCAACUGAGCCUCACCGUGUUGCCGAUCAAGAUGUUGAAGCCAUCGUUGUUAAGUCUCCCUUAAAGAGGAAGAGUGAUGGAGCAGAUCGAGAAGUUGAGUCUAGUGAGUGGGCAAUGCCUCCAGGAAGCACUGAGUUGGUUAGCAGUCCCCUACAGACACCUGUAUCAGGAAAAGGGGGAAAGGCUCAAAAAGCAUCAAGACUAACAAAAAACAGUAAAUCUGGUCCUCAAACUCCUGCUUCAAAUCUUGGUUCUCCUGGCAAUAAUCUCACUCCUGCAGGUCCUUGUCGCUAUGACAGCUCCUUAGGGCUUUUGACAAAGAAGUUCAUCAAUUUAAUUAAACAAGCUGAAAAUGGUAUUCUUGAUCUAAAUAAGGCUGCUGAUACACUGGAGGUUCAAAAGAGGAGGAUAUAUGACAUUACCAAUGUACUUGAAGGAAUUGGUCUCAUUGAAAAGAAACUUAAGAACAGAAUUCAGUGGAAGGGGCUUGACGUCUCAAGGCCAGGGGAGGUUGAUGAGAAUGUUGCUGCUUUACAGGCGGACAUUGACAAUCUUUCUAUUGAAGAGCGCAGAUUAGAUGAGAAAAUAAGAGAAAUGCAAGAAAGAUUGAGGGACCUGAGUGAAGAUGAAAACAAUCAAAAGUGGCUUUUCGUGACUGAGGAAGAUAUUAAGAGCUUGCCUUGUUUCCAGAAUGAAACACUGAUAGCUAUAAAAGCUCCACAUGGAACCACUCUAGAAGUCCCAGAUCCUGAUGAGCAGGCUGUUGACUACAACCAGAGGAGAUAUAGGAUUGUCCUUAGAAGCUCAAUGGGUCCUAUAGAUGUCUACCUUGUCAGUCAAUUUGAGGAGAACUUUGAAGAGAUACAAGGUGUAGAUCCGGCUCCAAAUUUUCCCUCAACUUCAGACUUGAAUGAUAACCCCACAACAAAUAUGGUAACAGAGGAGAGCAGAGGGAAGGAGGUUGUCAUGCAGGGUCAUGAUGCUAAUAGAAUGUGCUCAGAUAUUAUUGGCUCGCAGGACUUUGUGAGUGGGAUCAUGAAAAUUGUUCCCUCAGAGGUUGAUAGUGAUGCUGAUUAUUGGCUUUUAUCAGAUCCUGGUGUUAGCAUCACUGAUAUGUGGCGGACUGAACCUGGGGUUGACUGGAACGAGUUUGAUACACUUCAUGGGGACUUUAGCAUGGCUGCUGUUAGCACACCGGGUCCUCAAUCUCCUCCCUCAAAUGCAGCUGAAGUUCCUUCUAAUUCAUCUGGAAGACUGCCGUAAAGGUUCGCAAAAGUUGGGUACUUAACGUUUCUUCAAAAGUUCUGAGGAACUAAAGAAUAGGAAGUUGGUAGCUCAAUCACUGUACAGUAAGUAAUACAAAUGAUCCAACGUGAUCUUGAAGUAUAUAAGGUCACAUUUUUUAUCUGAGUUAAUCGCUGUAUAUUGUUCCCUCUCUUUUGUUUUUCUUGCAUCAACUAGAACCUGUCAUUAGAUUCACUUCGUAGGGUCACAUAGACAUCU